GAAGGAGGUGAAGAUUCACCUGGCAACAAAGGAGGUGGGGAAGGUGGUUGUACAGAUUGGCCUGGCAAUGAAUGAGGUUGAGAUUGGCCUGGCAAUGAAGUGGGUGAAGAAGGUGGUGGUGAUUGGCCUGGCAACAAAAGAGGUGGAGGAGGUGGUGGUACAGAUUGGCCUGGCAAUGAAGCGGGUGGAGUUUUACAUUGCAAUGAAGCAGGUGGAGAUUCACCUUGCAAUAAAGCAGGUGGAGAAAGUGGUAGAGAUUCGCCGGGCAACAAAGGAGGUAGAGAAGAAGGCGGUGAGUGGUCUGGCAAUGAAGCAGGUAGAGAAGGUGGUGGAGAUUGGCCUGGCAAUGAAGCAGGUAGAGAUUCGCCUGGCAACAAAGGAGGUGGAGAAGAAGGCCUGUGAUUGGCCUGACAAUGAAGCAGGUGGAGAUUCAACUGGCAAUGAAACAGGUGGUGGAGAUUGGCCUGGCAAUGAAGGAGGUGAAGAUUCACCUAGCAAUGAAGGAGGUGGAGAAAGUGGUGGAGAAUGGCCUGUCAAUGAAGAAAGUUGAGAUUGGCCUGGCAAUGAAGCGGGUGGAGUUUCACAUUGCAAAGAAGCAGGUGGAGAUUCACCAUGCAAUGAAGCAGGUGGAGAUUCACCAUGCAAUGAAGCAGGUGGAGAAGGUGGUGGAGAUUGGCCUGGCAAUGAAGGAGGUGAAGAUUCACCUAGCAAUGAAGGAGGUGGAGAAGGUGGUGGAGAUUGGCCUGUCAAUGAAGGAAGUUGAGAUUGGCCUGGCAAUGAAGCGGGUGGAGUUUCACAUUGCAAAGAAGCAGGUGGAGAUUCACCAUGCAAUGAAGCAGGUGGAGAUUCACCUUGCAAUGAAGCAGGUGGAGAAGGUGGUGGAGAUUGGCUUGGCAAUGAAGGAGGUAAAGAUUCGCCUGGCAACAAAGGAGGUGGAGAAGAAGGCGGUGAGUGGUCUGGCAAUAAGGCAGGUGGAGAUUGCCCUGGCAAUGAAGCAGGUAGAGAAAGUGGUGGAGAUUGACCUGGCAAUGGAGGAGGUAGAGAUUCGCCUGGCAACAAAGGAGGUGGAGAAGAAAGCCGUGAUUCACCUGGCAAUGAAGCAGGUGGUGGAGAUUGGCCUGACAAUGAAGGAAGUAGAGAUUUGCCUGGCAUUGAAAGAAGUGGAGACGAAGAUGGUGACUGGCCUGGCAACAAAGGAGGUGGAAAAGAUGGUGAUACAGAUUGGCCUGGCGUUGAAUGAGGUUGAGAUUGGCCUGGCAAUGAAGCAGAUGGAGAUUGGCCUGGCAAUGAAGCAGAUGGAGAAGGUGGUGGAGAUUGGCCUGGCAAUGAAGGGGGAGAAGAUUCACCUGGCAAUGAAGGAGGUGGAGAAGGUGGUGGAGAUUCACCAUGCAAUGAAGCAGGUGGAGAUUCACCUUGCAAUGAAGCAGGUGGAGAUUCACCUUGCAAUGAAGCAGAUGGAUAAGCUGGUGGCGAUUCACCUUGCAUUGAAGCAGGUGGAGAUUCACCUUGCAAUGAAGCAGGUGGAGAUUCACCUUGCAAUGAAGCAGAUGGAUAAGCUGGUGGCGAUUCACCUUGCAUUGAAGCAGGUGGAGAUUCACCUUGCAAUGAAGCAGAUGGAGAUUCACCUUGCAAUGAAGCAGGUGGAGAAGGUGGUGGAGAUUUACCUUGCAAUGAAGCAGGUGGAGAUGCACCUUGCAAUGAAGCAGAUGGAGAUUCACCUUGCAAUGAAGCAGAUGGAGAAGGUGGUGGAGAUUCACCUAGCAUUGAAGCAGGUGGAGAUUCACCUUGCAAUGAAGCAGAUGGAGAUUCACCUUGCAAUGAAGCAGAUGGAGAAGGUGGUGGAGAUUCACCUUGCAUUGAAGCAGGUGAAGAUUCACCUUGCAAUGAAGCAGAUGGAGAUUCACCUUGCAAUGAAGCAGGUGGAGAAGGUGGUGGAGAUUCACCUUGCAAUGAAGCAGGUGAAGAUUCACCUGGCAAUGAAGGAGGUGGAGAAGGUGGUGGAGAUUGGCAUGUCAAUGAAGAAAGUUGAGAUUGGCCUGGCAAUGAAGCAGGUGGAGGAGAUGGUGGUACAGAUUGGCCUGGCAAUAAAGCGGGUGGAGUUACACAUUUCAAUGUAG